UCACCGAGCUCAUCCGCCAUUGUUGCCGCCUGGACGCCUCACCCCACCCCCAUCCUCGCCCUCUCACCUAAAAGACCAACAUGGCCGCACCGGAUCCAAAGGAAGCGUGGUCGCGCCUUCAAAACGAAUUGACACGACGAAGCGCUCGAUUUGGAGGGGCAGGUGGCGGCGGACCACCGAAGGGUCUCUUUGGAGGCCUCGGAGGAUUGCUGCUCGUCGGUGGUGGAAUUUGGAUGGCAAACAAUGCGCUGUUCAACGUCGAUGGUGGCCACCGAGCAAUUAAAUACACCCGAAUUGGUGGCGUGCAGAAGGAAAUCUACAGUGAAGGCACCCACUUCCGCAUUCCCUGGUUCGAGACCCCCAUUACCUACGAUGUGCGCGCCAAACCACGAAACGUCGCUUCCCUCACCGGCACCAAGGAUUUGCAAAUGGUUAACAUAACUUGCCGUGUAUUGUCGAGACCGCGGGUCGAGGCGCUUCCUCAGAUUUACAGGACAUUGGGCACGGAUUACGAUGAGAGGGUUCUGCCAUCUAUCGUUAACGAGGUCUUGAAGAGUGUGGUGGCGCAAUUCAACGCCAGUCAGCUUAUUACACAGCGUGAAAACGUUAGCAGGCUGGUACGGGACAACCUCGUCAGGAGAGCCGCUCGCUUCAACAUUAUGCUUGACGAUGUCUCCCUAACACACCUUGCCUUCUCUCCAGAGUUCACUGCCGCUGUAGAAGCCAAGCAGGUUGCCCAGCAAGAAGCCCAGCGCGCAGCUUUCGUUGUCGACAAGGCCCGCCAGGAGAAGCAAGCUACCGUCGUUCGCGCCCAGGGUGAGGCCCGUUCCGCAGAGCUGAUUGGUGACGCCAUCAAGAAGAGCAGGAGUUACGUUGACCUACGAGAGUUUGAGAAUGCAAGGAGCAUCGCCAGCAUCUUGCAGCAGAGUAGCAACAAGAUCUAUCUCGACAGCAAGGGUCUGGGUCUGGACAUUAGCCAGAGUAAUGCCGACAAGGAGCAGAGGGCGAACCGGAAGUAAGAGGAUGAUACGACAAGGACGAUGGACCCCAACUCUUCUUCGUGCAUCAUGAUCAUGUAUAACUACCCUUGGGGAAAAAGCGAGGUGCAAGCAUGCAAAUGCGUAGCUUUCCACUCAUGUCUAAAUAACAAAAUAUUCCAACUUCACUCAUGACUGUGUAUGUGAACAGCCUUGCUGUAUACC